AUGGAUAUUGCGUUUGAUCUCGACAACUAUCUCAGAGGAUAUCAAGCAAUUGUUACUGACAGUGUGUUUCCAGGCCCAAUUGUGUUCCAGAAAUUGUUUUACAUUACUUCAGCACUUCCCACACAUGCUUUGGAAGCUUCUGUUAAAGCUCUUGAAUUGAUGAGGGAAUUUGGUGUUCCCUCAGUUUAUUAUAGCUACUUCAAAUCAACAAUACUCCAAAAAUUAUCCUCUACGGAUGACUUGAGCUCCUACAACAUUGAUUCUAUCAGCACUUUAACCACUGAUAAGUUCUUUCGAAAUCUCGUAACUGAUGUUACAACAAAAACAAAAGACGCUUCAGAUUACUUGCAAUCAAUUAAUAACCAGCUCCAGGAGGUUAAAGAGGAAAAGGAACUAGAUAAGCUUGAAAGCGUUAGGCGUUUUAUCGAGUUCGGCACUAUAAUGAAUCACUUAUUUUUGCAAGAAUAUUCAAAGGCUCAGUCCUUAAUGGCGGCAUACGAGAAAAUUCCUAAUACUGAUUUUAGUUUUAGAAACAUUGAGUUUGAUCUUUAUAAGCAAUACAUGAGACUGAACUUUCAUUCAAUGGCCUCCAAGUAUGACUCAAUUCAAGCUGUGAUUACUCGUUUUUUUGUCAAGAAUAUUGUAGUUAAAAAAGUUGCGUCCAAUCUUAUAAAAACUGAUACCAAAAUCCAAAUUUUUGGGUCAGUUGAAGAACAAAAAUCCUUUUGGAAAAUCAAUUGGAUUAUCUUAUUUGCAAAAUUUAAAGUGGGAAACUACAAUGGUGUUAAAUCUGGUUUUUUAAAACUAUCCAACCCUGAAAAAUAUGAAUAUUGCAGGAAUCCCGAAAGAAGCAAAGAAGUUUAUGCUCAAUUAAAUGGUUUAACGGCUUUGGAUGUUUUAAACUCAGAAUUUGAUUUGAAUCGAAAUGUAAUCCUUACUUCAAAUGAUGAUUUUCAAACAAAUUUCAAUUUUUUAACCAAGAGAGAUAUUUUAUUGGCUGUUUUAAUCUCUCUUUAUCAGACAACAACUCCUGCAGAAUUUACAAUUAAAUAUUUGGAUACAGACUUGUUUGAAGCUUUCUUUUUUGAAAAUCCAUUAAUAGCAAGUUUUUUUCAAUCUUUACUUUCUCUUACAAAAAUAUCACAGAUCCCUAAAAGUUUGAAUCAAUUGGAAAAAAAUUUUAUGAUACCAAAUUCUAAUUUCAACAAUUUCACCAUUACAAUCAAAUCUGAUAAUGACAAAUCUCUUAGUAAACUCAAAAAUUACAUGCUUUCAACUUGCUCUAUUCUUUUAAAUACCAGCGAGUUUGAUCGGUUUAAAUUAUUUGUUCGAUAUCGCACUUAUCUUUCAUAUCUUUCUUUCAUUAAAAAAAUUAAGAUAUCCGAUUUCAGUGAAAGACUUGGUGGUAUCGACCAGAACUUGAUCUUGAAAGAACUUGGAAAUUUAAUAUAUAUUUUGAAUAUCAAUUUAAAGUACAAUGCAGAAGAUCAAACCGUUGAAUUCAUUGGGGAUAAGAACUACAUCAGUAUGACCGAGCUUAAGAAGCUAGAUGAUCAAAUAAAUGAAAUAUCUGAAACAGAUAAAAUUUAUAAAAGUGCUGUCAAAAUCCAAAGUUUAGCAAUUGAUCAUUUUCCUGAUUUAGAAUUAUCAUAA